GCGUCCCGCUUGAUCACGUGAGCCGGCUCCAAGAUGGCGGCAGGGGUGGCCGGGUGGGGGGUUGAGGCGGAGGAGUUCGAGGAUGCUCCUGAUGUGGAGCCGCUGGAACCCACGCUCAGCAAUAUCAUCGAGCAGCGCAGCCUUAAGUGGAUCUUCGUCGGGGGCAAAGGUGGCGUGGGUAAGACCACCUGCAGCUGCAGCCUGGCGGUCCAGCUCUCUAAAGGUCGUGAGAGUGUUCUAAUCAUUUCCACAGACCCAGCCCACAACAUCUCAGAUGCUUUUGAUCAGAAGUUCUCCAAGGUGCCUACCAAGGUCAAAGGCUAUGACAACCUCUUUGCUAUGGAGUUGAGACCCCCUCUGGGAGUCGGUCAUCGCAGCAGCCUGAGUCUGGUCCCCUCGGCCCCCAGGAGAUAGACCCCAGCCUGGGCGUGGCGGAGCUCCCCGACGAGUUCUUCGAGGAGGACAACAUGCUGAGCAUGGGCAAGAAGAUGAUGCAGGAGGCCAUGAGCGCCUUCCCUGGCAUUGAUGAGGCCAUGAGCUAUGCUGAGGUCAUGAGGCUGGUGAAAGGCAUGAAUUUCUCAGUGGUAGUGUUCGACACAGCACCCACCGGCCAUACACUCAGACUCCUGAACUUCCCCACCAUCGUGGAGCGAGGCCUGGGCCGCCUCAUGCAGAUCAAGAACCAGAUCAGCCCCUUCAUCUCACAGAUGUGCAACAUGCUGGGCCUGGGGGACAUGAAUGCUGACCAGCUGGCCUCCAAGCUAGAAGAGACAUUGCCUGUCAUCCGAUCCGUUAGUGAGCAGUUCAAGGACCCUGAACAAACGACCUUCAUUUGCGUGUGCAUCGCCGAAUUCUUGUCCUUGUACGAGACAGAGCGGCUGAUCCAGGAGCUAGCUAAGUGCAAGAUCGACACCCACAACAUCAUCGUCAACCAGCUCGUCUUCCCUGACCCUGAAAAACCCUGCAAGAUGUGUGAGGCUCGCCACAAGAUCCAGGCCAAAUACCUGGACCAGAUGGAAGACCUGUAUGAAGACUUUCACAUUGUGAAGCUGCCACUGUUACCCCACGAGGUUCGGGGAGCCGAUAAAGUCAACACCUUCUCUGCCCUGCUCCUGGAGCCCUACAAGCCCCCCAGCACCCAGUAGCGCCACUGCUCGUCCCAGCUGCUGCCACUUCACAGCCUCCUCUUUCUCCGUGGGACAGAGUUUGCACAGAGUCCCCCACAGUACAGGGGGAGCCACUUAGGAGGUGGGACGUUGGGAGGAGGUCUGUUCCCCCUGGUGGGGCCUGGGAGGCUGCAAUGCCCCCCACCUCUCCCUGCCUCACACUCCUCAAUAAAAUAAUCUUAAACAGC